UAAAAAGGGCAGGGGCUCAAGCCCCUUCGCCCCCCCCCUCCUCUGCACGUGCCUGCUCAGAUGGCUGUAAGUUCUAAAAAAUAAAUAAAAAGAGAUUAAAACAAAAAUCUAAGAAAGUGAAUGUGCUAAAGCUAAUCUCGAAACUGCUGUAUGACGUGUAUUUAUAGAUUUCCUCUGAUUUUCAUUGACGUCCACACUCCAGUCCGGUAGGUGGCGGUAAUUACCCAAAAAAAAACCAAAAGAAGAAGCAUCACUACGUAAAACCCGUUAUGGCCGCCUGCGAGCGAACAGCAGACUCUGGCAGGGACAGCAUAUUGGAGCCUUUGAGUUUUCCAGAGCUUGGAGCUGGAAGUCCCAGCACUCCCAGUGUGGUGCAGUAUCCCAGUGAUGAACUGUUGGUCUGUCUGUUUUGUUCGGAGUCUGUCCCGCUGCUGCAGAAAGACACUCUGCUCAGACACCUGCUGCUGGAACACAAGCUUGUCAUUGCUGAUAUCAAGCUCAUAGCCAACCUCCCGAGGUACCUGGUUUACUGGAAGGGCAGGUUCCUUGAACAACCAGUCCCAGAUUUCUGCAGUGUCAUAAAGACUAAUUCCACUGGCCCAGUUGAGAAACAGGAGGAUUACUUCCUGCUGUGUGACGUCCUCCCAGAGGACCGAAUCCUCAGAGAGAGGCUCCAGCAAAAACGACUGGAGGAGGUCCUAGAGCAACAGCAGAAGGAGCGUGACGACUGCUACUUCCAUCGUCUAUGUUUAUUCUGCAGUGAGGAGUUCACUGGAAACAGGGCAUGUCUGCUGAACCACAUGGCCAGAGAACACUCAUUCAGCAUUGGGCUACCAGACAACAUUGUGUACUGCAACGAGUUCUUGGACAUGCUACAAUAUAAACUGGACAACCUGCAGUGUUUGUACUGUGAAAAAAUCUUCCGGGACAAAUCUACACUGAAGGACCACAUGAGGAAGAAAGCUCACCGUCGCAUCAAUGCCAACAACCAUGUUUACGAUCGCUUUUAUGUGAUCAACUAUCUGGAACUGGGGAAAACCUGGGAGGAGGUUCAGAGUGAGGACGACCGGGAGCUGGUAGAUGUUGAAGAUGAUGACUGGUCCGACUGGGAAGCCCAUCCUGUCUCUGCCGUUUGUCUCUUUUGUGACCAUCAAUCAGAGACGAUGGAUCAGAUUUAUACACACAUGAAGGACUCCCAUGGUUUUGAUCUUCAUAACUUAAAGAUGGAGCUCAACCUCAACUUCUACCAGCAGGUGAAGCUGGUCAACUUCAUCCGGCGGCAAAUCCACCAGAGCCGUUGCUAUGGCUGCCAGAAGAAGUUUGAAUCCAGAGCAGACAUGAUGGACCACGUCAUCUCCGAAGGGCACGUGAUGAAACUGCCGGAGACGUCCACCUGGGACCAACCACAAUAUUAUUUCCCAACAUAUGAGAAUGAUGCCCUCCUGUGUACGCUGUCUGACAGCAACGAUGAUGAAGACAAUGAGCCUUGUCACAAUGAGGACAUACCUGUAAUUGCAGAGGACAUAUCUGACUUGAGGGUUCUGAAACAGAACAGCGUUCUCAACCAACUCCUGAAGAACAGAGGCUGUUUCAGAAAAGACGAUGCAUAGACUUUUUUUUUUUGUUUUCUUCUCGAUUGUCUAUUUUGGAUUAAACUAAUACUCGAGCCUGGAUAUAUGACAACAUAAUUAUCUUCUAUCAAUACUGAUUUUUCAUCAGGAACAUGCUGUAUGGUUUGUUCAAUACCGUUUUGAUACCAUUAAAAUUUGUGCACAAGCACCACA